AUGGCCGACGAGGUGCUACGAGACAUCAAUCUCAAGCAACGAUUCAGCGCCUAUGAUCUCUUAGGACCCCUAGUCGUAUGGGCUAUUUUCUUCGGCUUUGUUUUGAUCUUCUCGGUUACAUUUCUUAAUUGGUUCUGCGUUCGAGAAGACGAUGACAUCACGGUGAUGGAAGAGUGGGCCUACAACCACAAUUUGGGUCUCCGUCUCGGCCCACACAGACAUUCAGUGGUGGCGCGAAAUGUGAACAAGCAUCGCGGCGAGAUUGAAAUCGAAGAAGAAAAUGCUGCUUCG